UCGCCGUCCACAUCCCGAGCUGUUCCCCCUCACCCCGGGCCCUAUCUCCGCAGAAUACGACCGUCCUCAGUUUACUCUGCUGCAUAUUUUCCUUUCGGCCAUUAUGCUUCCGACAUCGACGGUAGCGACCGUGUCCGUAGCGACCAUCGCAACCGGUCUGCUAGGUUACGCAGUCUACUUUGAUUACCAACGCCGUAAAUCUGCCGACUUUCGCCGAGAGCUACGACGAGAGGAGAGGCGGCAAGCCCGGCUCGAGAAGGAGCAAGCCGUGCUGCAGAACAAGGCCAAGAGUCAUGAUAUUCACGCUGCUGUGGACGCGGCGCAGGAAGUUGGAUUCCCUACCUCCGUCAACGAGAAGGAGCAGUACUUUAUGGAGCAUGUGCAGCAGGGCGAGAUCUUGGCUGCCGAUUCUUCCCAAACAACAGAAGCCGCGCUCGCAUUCUACAAGGCUCUCAAGGUUUACCCGACCCCAGGAGACCUUAUCUCCAUCUAUGACAAAACGGUUGACAAGCGUGUACUAGACGUUUUGGCCGAGAUGAUCGCAUACGACAAGAACCUAGACCUUGAAGGCGCCAGCGCCGGAAUGGGCGGUCUAGAGGGAAUGCCUCUGCCCGGUCUCGAUUAAACCCAAACAUAACGUCAUAUCAGUGCUCACCCGAAGCUUGCCUUCGGUUCGCAUAAGCCUCCACUCUCCAACAGAACCACGUCACGAAACCGGCAACCCACUUGCGUUGCCAACACAGGAAGGCCAAGGGCCUUUUGUAAGGCGCGAGGCGAAUCAAGCCUAGAUAGAUGACUAGGCGUAGGAU